CCACCUCCCUCAGUGAUGACAUCAUCGGCUCAGCAUCCUUUCCGGAGGCAGCAGGCCGUCAAUAGAGCAGAGCCAUUUUGGCUUCCAGCACGCAACGCAAAUCCUGCUUGUUUAGACACAACCUACCGUGGAUGCCAGGCUAUAGCAGGGUAUCUAGGCUGUACUUGUAUACCCUCUGCCGGCAGUGGCGUUAUUUCUACCUGGGGUCUUCUUCCUGAUUGGAGGGAGGAGUGGAAAAGGGAAGGGUUGUCUUCCAGCUGGUCUGUGACAGACCCAUAGCCAGACAGACAGAGAGAGAGAGAGAGAGAGAGAAAGAUAGACAGACAGAGAGAGAGCUAGAGGAAAGCAGACUGUUGGUUCAAGAGGAGAGAGAAGACCUGGCGCAAGGAGACGGACGAUAAACAGAAAGGAAGAGCUGAGCAAACAAGCCUCUGAGACCGGGACGAGGCAUUAAAGAGCUGGUGCCGCCUGUACCCGGGCCCGUUUUUGUGAGGCGCUCCGUGCGGGGAGGCGUAAGGCCGGAGACACCAUGGCAGGGGCCUCCGUGAAGGUGGCGGUUCGUGUCCGCCCCUUCAACUCCAGAGAGAUGGCGAAGGACAGCAAAUGCAUCAUCCAGAUGUCAGGGAACACAACUACAAUCCUCAACCCUAAGCAGCCCAAAGAGAACAAGAGCUUCAACUUUGAUUACUCCUACUGGUCACAUACCUCGCCCAAGGACCCCAACUUUGCCGGCCAGCAGCAGGUGUACAGGGACAUUGGAGAGGAGAUGCUCCUCCAUGCUUUCGAGGGCUAUAACGUCUGUAUCUUUGCCUACGGCCAAACCGGAUCUGGGAAGUCCUACACCAUGAUGGGCAAGCAGGAUGUACCGGAUCAGCAAGGAAUCAUCCCCCUGAUGUGUGAAGACCUCUUUACCAAGUUCAAUGACAGCAACAAUGACAACAGCAAGUCCUAUUCUGUGGAGGUCAGCUACAUGGAGAUCUACUGUGAGCGCGUGCGUGACCUUUUGAACCCGAAGAACAAGGGGAAUCUGCGUGUGAGGGAGCACCCCCUGAUGGGGCCCUAUGUGGAAGACCUGUCCAAGCUGGCUGUCACCUCCUACAACGACAUCCAGGACCUCAUGGACUCUGGGAAUAAGGCCAGGACGGUGGCAGCAACCAACAUGAACGAGACCAGCAGUCGUUCUCACGCCGUCUUCAACAUCAUCUUCACCCAGAAACGCCACGACAGUGAGACCGAUAACACCUCCGAGAAGGUCAGCAAAAUCAGUCUGGUGGACCUGGCUGGCAGUGAGAGAGCAGAUUCUACUGGAGCCAAGGGGACCCGGCUCAAGGAAGGAGCUAACAUCAACAAAUCUCUGACCACUCUUGGAAAAGUCAUCUCUGCUCUGGCUGAAGUGGAUUCUUCACAAAAUAAGAACAAGAAGAAGAAGAAGGUGGAGAGCCACAUUCCUUACAGAGACUCUGUGUUGACCUGGCUUCUGAGAGAAAACCUAGGCGGAAACUCUCGCACUGCGAUGGUGGCAGCCCUCAGUCCAGCUGACAUCAACUACGAUGAGACACUCAGCACUCUCAGGUAUGCAGACCGAGCCAAACAGAUCCGCUGUAACGCUGUGAUCAACGAGGAUCCUAACAACCGAUUGGUCCGUGAGCUAAAGGAGGAGGUGGGACGUCUGAGGGACCUGCUCCUAUCACAGGGCCUGGGAGACAUCCUAGAGACGUACAAGGGGCCAGCGCUUGGCACUGGCGUUGUUGGUUUGAAAUACCUAUCCGAUUUCAAGAACAAUAACAAUAAUCGCCAAGCUGUCAGUCAAAAGGAUGAUCUCUCCACAGUGACCAAUGCCAUGACGGGGAUGAGUCCCUCCCCCUCCCUGUCCGCUCUGUCCAGUCGGGCCGGGUCUAUUGCCAGCCUCCACGACCGCAUCAUGUUCAGCCCUGGCAGUGAGGAGGCCAUUGAGAGACUCAAGGAAACCGAGAAAAUCAUCGCCGAGCUUAAUGAAACGUGGGAAGAGAAACUUCGUCGAACCGAAGCCAUUAGAAUGGAGAGAGAGGCCCUGCUGGCUGAGAUGGGUGUAGCCAUGAGGGAAGAUGGAGGGACAGUUGGAGUGUUUUCCCCCAAGAAGACUCCUCACCUGGUGAAUCUAAACGAGGACCCACUGAUGUCAGAGUGCCUUCUGUAUUACAUCAAAGACGGCAUCACCAGGGUGGGCCGGGUGGAUGCCAGCAGCAGGCAGGACAUCGUCCUCAGCGGUCACUUCAUCCAGGACGAGCACUGCACCUUCACCUCCACCACGGGACCCACGGGGGAAGCUGUCGUCCUGGAACCGUGUGAAGGAGCGGAGACCUAUGUCAAUGGGAAGAGGGUCACUGAGCCGACCGUCCUCAAAUCAGGGAACCGCAUCAUCCUGGGUAAGAGCCACGUGUUCCGGUUCAACCACCCAGAGCAGGCGCGCCAGGAGCGGGAGAGGACUCCCUGCGCAGAGACCCCCGUGGAACCAAUGGACUGGGCCUUCGCCCAGAGGGAGCUGCUGGACAAGCAGGGCAUCGACAUGAAGCAGGAGAUGGACCAGAGGCUUCAGGAGCUGGAAGAUCAGUAUCGUAAAGAGAGGGAGGAGACCCAUAACCUUCUGGAGCAGCAGAGACUGGAUUAUGAGAGCAAGCUAGAAGCCCUUCAAAAACAGGUGGACCGAUAUUAUCCAGAGGCAGUAGCAGAGGAAGAGGAGGAGCCUGAGGAGGAAGUGCAAUGGACGGAGCGGGAGAUGGAACUGGCCCUGUGGGGCUUUCGGAAGUGGAGGUGUUACCAGUUCACUUCUCUCAGAGACCUGCUGUGGGGGAACGCCAUCUUCCUCAAGGAGGCCAACGCCAUCAGUGUAGAACUCAAGAAGAAGGUGCAGUUCCAGUUUGUUUUGCUGACAGACACCCUGUAUUCCCCGCUCCCCACUGACCUGCUGCCCCCAGAGGCCGCCAAAGACCGGGCCACCCGGCCGUUCCCCAGAACCAUUGUGGCUGUGGAGGUGCAGGACCAGAAAAACAGCGCUACACAUUACUGGACCCUGGACAAACUCAGGCAGCGUCUGGAGCUGAUGAGAGAGAUGUACGACAGAGCCGCGGAGGUCCCGAACAACUCCAUCGAGGACUGUGAGAAUGUCAUGACCGGAGGGGACCCCUUCUACGACCGAUUCCCCUGGUUCCGUCUGGUCGGCAGGCCACUAACUAACCACGUUCCAAUGUUUCUGGCUGCGUCUACCAGCAACCCCCUAUUCAACGCAUGCAUGACAGAGCGCAUGAGUGACCCCACCCCCUCCCCCACCCCCUCCACGUCUGAGAUAACUGAGCUGGCAGACGCUCGGCUGGAGAGGCGCGGAGGAGGAGGAGGAGGGGAGGAGGAGGACGGGGAGGAGUUGGAGGAUCUGGACGAUGAUAUCUUUUUGGACGACCCGUGUUCGGAGCUCGGGGAUGAUGAUGAGGAUGAUGAGGAGGAGGAGGAUGAUGAUGAUGAGGGAGCGCUGCGUCGAGGCAGCUCCGGCGAAGGCCUGGAUCCCUUUUAUGAGCGAUCUCCGUUAUUCAGUGUAGUGGGAAGGGCCUUUGUGUACCUGAGUAACCUGCUUUACCCUGUGCCUUUGGUGCAUCGCGUGGCUGUUGUCAGUGAGAAGGGAGAGGUCAAAGGAUUCCUCCGAGUUGCUGUACAGGCGAUCUCAGCUGACGAGGAAGCCCCGGACUAUGGUUCCGGCGUCCGCCAGUCUGGAACAGCCAAGAUCUCCUUCGAGGAUCGGGAGUUUGAGAAAUUCCAGGCUGAGUCGUGCCCCAUUGGUCUGUCCCGUAUCGGCGCCUCCCAGGAGGAGCUUCGUUUUGUGGAGGGGGAGGGUCAGAACUCGGGGAUGGAACCCUCAGCCGAUGAGGUCAACAACAACACAUGUGCGGCCAGUCUAGAUGAGUUGGAGAGCCCGCUGAAGGCCAGCCUGGAGGGAGUGGGUCAGGAUGAGGCUCUGGAGCACCUGAGGAUUGGUAACGUCUUCACCUUCAGAGUGACUGUCCUUCAGGCCUCAAGCAUCUCUGCAGAGUACGCAGACAUCUUCUGCCAGUUCAAUUUUAUCCACCGCCAUGACGAGGCCUUUUCCACGGAGCCGCUGAAGAACACAGGCCGCGGCCCUCCUCUGGGCUUCUACCACGUGCAGAAUAUCGCUGUAGAGGUCACCAAGUCCUUUGUGGAGUAUAUCAAGACUCAGCCCAUUGUGUUUGAGGUGUUUGGUCACUACCAGAAGCAACCUUUCCCUCCGCUCUGCAAGGACCUCAUCAGCCCCCUGCGUCCCUGCAGAAGGCAAUUCCCCAAAGUCAUGCCUCUUUCCAAGCCAGCAGCGGACGAUGACACGCCCCCUGACCGAGAGAAGACGCUGGAGCUGAUUCGCUAUCUGGUCCCAGAGGUGUUCAAUGGGGCAUUGGUAGACUCUCUGUCAGGCCACGCCCUGUCUGCUGCUGGAUUGGCCGCCUCCUUUCUCCUGGAGGGGGAGGAGACACCUAGUCUGCCAGCCCCGCCCCUCUCUAUAUAUUCGGUUAUAAGAGCCCAGAAACCGGUCCCUGCCACCAAGCUCACCGCCCCGAUGCGCCCUUCAGCCGGUCCCUGCCACUGCAAGUACGACCUCAUGGUGUUCUUUGAGAUCUGCGAGCUGGAGGCCAACGGAGACUACAUUCCUGCUGUAGUGGACCAUAGGGGCAACAUGCCCUGUCAUGGGACAUUCAUGCUUCACCAGGGUAUCCAGAGGAGAAUCACUGUGACAAUCGUUCAUGAGACAGGUGGAGACAUUGUGUGGAAGGAUGUGAGGGAGCUGGUUGUGGGGCGUAUCCGUAACACCCCGGAGGGGGAUGACGCCAUCGUAGACCCCAACAUCCUCUCUCUCAACAUCCUGUCGGCCGGGUGUGUGAGGCCCACGCAAGAGGACAGACAGUUUCUUGAUUCGGACAUGCCUAGCAUUUCCCUGGGAAUAGACCAUAGGACAUUCUAUCGCUUCGAGGCAGCCUGGGACAGUGCCAUGCACAAUUCCCUGCUGUUGAACCGUGUCACUCCCUAUGGAGAGAAGAUCUACAUGACCCUGUCAGCCUACCUAGAGAUGGAGAACUGCACUCAGCCCACCGUCAUAACCAAAGAUUUCUGCAUGGUGUUCUACUCCCGAGACGCCAAACUGCCUGCCUCUCGUUCUAUCCGAAACCUGUUUGGCACAGGAAGCCUGAGGGCAGUGGAGGGUAACCGGGUGACUGGUGUGUACGAGGUCAGCCUUUGUCACCUGGCGGAUCACGGGAGCCCAGGCAUGCAGAGGCGACGUCGACGGGUGCUGGACACCUCAGUGGCAUAUGUGCGCGGCGAGGAGAACCUGGCUGGGUGGAGGCCUCGCAGUGACAGCCUUAUCCUGGACCACCAGUGGGAGCUGGAGAAACUCAGUCUCCUAGAGGAGGUGGAGAAGACGCGACACUACCUGCUCCUCAGGGAGAAGCUGGAGUCCACCCUGCUGCUGGCUCAGGAGGGGCUGCCGUCCUGUGUGUCGGAGGAGCGGAGCGACUCUCCCCAGGGGCCCGAUGGCCAGGCUCAGGCCCUAAGCCCCGUCGGCGAGGCUCCCAGUGAGAGGCAGAGGGAACUAGCUACUAAGUGUCUGCGGCUCCUCACCCACUCCUUCAACAGGGAGUACAGCCAUGUGUGUGUCAGUGCCAGUGAAAGCAAGCUGUCCGAGAUGUCAGUGACUCUGCUGAGGGAGUCGCCCUCUGCUGUGGCCUUCAACACCCUCACCCCGUCUUCGACGUGUCCCUCACUGGUGGAGGGCUGCUACCCCAAGGCCGAAGGCCUCCGAACCCCCACACCCCGAUCCCGCUGCGCCAGCCCCAGCCCUGACUGCUCACAACGGGACGGAGAGGUCAAAAAGUCCCCCGGCCCCAGUGGUGUCACUGCCCCUGAGGUCAAGCCCAGGGCCCGCCGCUUCGUACCCGAUAUCCAGGAGAUCCGGGUCAGUCCCAUCGUGUCGAAGAAGGGCUGCCUACACUUCCUGGAGCCUCACACCAACGGCUGGGUGAAGCGCUACGUGGUGGUGCGCCGGCCUUACGUCUACAUCUACAACACAGAGCGGGACAGUGUGGAGCGGGCCAUCCUCAACCUCGCCUCCGCCCAUGUGGAGUACAGCGAGGACCAGCAGGCCAUGCUUAAGACCCCCAACACGUUCGCAGUGUGCACAGAGCACCGUGGCAUCCUGCUGCAGGCCAGCAACGACAAGGAGAUGCACGACUGGCUGUAUGCCUUCAACCCUCUCCUAGCUGGAUCCAUCAGAUCAAAACUCUCCAGAAGAAGAGCCGGACAGAUGAGGAUGUGAAACGCUCGAACGACAACAACACAUCUCACGGAGAAGAGUGAAAACAACAACAACACGUCUUACGUAAAAGAGCGCGAAAACCGUCGAGAGACACCCAGAGACUAACGUGUACAUAGUUCCUCCACACCUGAUGACUCCCGUGCUGACCCCUGACCUCCCCCAACCCCCCCCACCCCGCCCGCUGCACCAAUAACCAACCUGCUCCAAUCUCCUUCUGCACACGCUCAGUUCACUACGAGCUGACGUAUGCCUCCACCGCUGUCUGUCCGUCUGUCAGCCCUGUGCCACUGUCUGUAUGUGAGGGCCUUAUCUUCUGUUUGACGCCUCCCAAAGACCCCUCCCAAAGACCCCUCCCAAUUUCUCCCUCUUCAUUCUGCCAGCUCAGAUGUGUCGGUGAGGUAAGGACGUUUGGGGUUAGACCGAAGUGGGACCAUGUUACUUUCACAGGUUCCUGUUCAAGAGUGGUGCACUAUAAAGGAUAUAGGCUGCCAUUUAGGACUACACCCAAGCUGCGUUGCCUUAGUGGUAUGCUUUGUGCUUGGAGAAUGAAGGACGAGAAUUGGAGGGGUAGUUUCCUGGUCCCUCAAUUUUAUAAACCUGCAUUAUGAUGUACUGUAUUGUAGUCGUCAGCAACACUUUGGGCUUUAUGAAAUAACACAUUUAUUACUGUAAGAAACAAAACAAAAAAAGAACAAGUAAAUCAGGAGCGUUGAAAGAAAUAUCGCUCCUUCUAAAGCUGCCCUCUAACAAUGGGCUUCUCUUCACCUAGCUACAUUAUUGCAUCUCAGCUUACCCUACAGACAAAAACUGUGCUGGAUGUUCCACUGACUCUAGAUAUGUUUUACUGCUGCCCUUCUAUUGUUACUCUACACAAUGUUUAAACAAGCUAGUAUUCAAAGUAAACAACAGUUUUCAGCAAACUAGGAUGUACUCAAAAAAAGAAAAAAGAAAAAAAAAAGAAAACAAGGCUGAAGAACUGCAGUUGACAGUUGUUGCUCGUCUCGUGCCUCUUUUGUCCCGUUUCUCUUUCCAUACCAGCCCCGCUCAGUUUGGACAGGACAGAGCAGCUAACGACAAAUACCUGACAUAGUGUAAUUUUCCUGUCAACAAACACCAGUGUCCCAAAUAUCACACUAGUACUAAAUAUGUAGCACAUUACUUUUGACCAGGGACAAUGGGGUGUUUGGUCAAGAGCAGUGCACAGUGUGGGGAAUAGAGUGUUGUUUGGAACGUACCCAGAGCAUGGCGAAAAGAUAGAACGAUUUGGCAUUGAUCAAACGCUUGCAGUGCCCACGCUGGUGUUCGGACACAGCCAGAUGACAGUGUGGCUAAUUCAUAUGGCCAUAAGACAUCUUACCGUCGGCAUAAAAUAACAUUAUUAUGAAAACCCUUCCAAAUUUAACCAUGACUUGAUUCUAACUGAUUCUGUUUUUUCUUGGUAUUAAGAUGUGAUAUAUUUAGAUAUUUAACAACAUUAUUAUUUAUUUCCGCAUGUAUUUAUUUACAAAGACAUUUAUAUUUCUAAAGUAGUACAGUGCAAUUUCUGCACACGGCACUUUUUUUUAUUAUGAGUUCCUCUAACCUUUUGAUAACAUGACCUAUGACCUACCCGCAUCUUACUGUGGUUAGUAGUGAAUAGUGCUAUCCCCAUAGAAACAACUUUACAAAAGCAGCUUCUAUAUGUUGGGGUGUAGUUGCUAUACAUUACUUGAAUCAUACCAUCGCAUAGAUGGGUUUUAAAGUGUUUUGCCUGGCCCACAAUUCCACUUUACUAAAUACAAUAUUAGGUCCUCUACAGAGAUUGUGCGUAUGAUGGACAUGAGUAACAACUUGAAGCCAAGACUGGAUGAUCCAUCGAACAAUCCACGGUCCUUUACAUUGUGAACAGAGUUAUGAAAUGAUUGGGCUUCCUGUCCGUGGCGACGAUGGAGAUGACGACACAGAUUCUUUCCCGAAAGAACGAUUUGUAAAUUAAAUACGACGGUAGUGCCUCUCCUCAAUCAAACCAUUAUAUCUGAAGCCGCCAGUUGCUUCUGGAUCUUUUCAUCUCUGCUGCUGGUUUUACGUUCUCCAUCCCUCCUUCCUUUGCUCCACAGUCACGUUCGUUGUGUCAAAAAUGGCAUCCGUUUAUGUGUUGGGAUGUAGGCUGCCAUUUUCGAUGUGGCUAUUAUCAUGUGACUUUCUGUCCAGGCUAAUCUUCAUCUCGUUAUGUGCACAGCAGGCUAGUAGACAUUGUAUAUGUUUGGUGAUUGAUAUACUGUGGGUGUAUGCACUUGAAAUGUAUAACGCACUUAUAGACUGACUAUGAAUUGUCAUAUAAUGUACGGCAUUUUCUAGACAUUAUCGACUAAUGUAUAGGAUGAACAAUUUCUACCAAAAUGUACCCGAUAGUUCGUUAGAGACAUAUCGCCAACCAUUCCAGCAAAUGACGUAUGGAGCUUGGGCUGGUCUUUGUCAAUGACUUGUUUCAACGUUAAAUAUGUCGUCACUUGUGAAACUCAUGCUUGUAGUUUUUGUUCGUUGAUGUAAUUUCUUUCUGGUCCAUUUGUUUUCCAUUCAGCUGCACUAGUUGUAUUCUUGCGGAUGUACGCAUCACAGCUGAAUGUGAUAAGUAUGUAUACAGACUGUGGUUUUGCGUUGACCAUACAUAGCUCAGAUCAAUUAUAAGUCAAUCGUGGUAUAGGAAAGCAAAAUAAUGACAAGUUGGUGAUCAGAUGUAGCAUAUGAUGCCAUUAACAAGGUUUUGGGUUCAUUGAGAUUAACAUGCUAUUACAUAUUAUGUCUUGCACUUACAGUUGAAAGAGGACGUGGUUGUUUUCAAUACACCUAGCACACCUUAGCGGCAAACAGCCUUCUUCUUUCACAUUUUUGUCAGUCCCAGGGAGCCUGUGUUUCAAUGGGCUCUUCCACCAUCAAUGGCCAACCAGCCAUUGGUGUUAGCAAAGGUUUGAUUGAUGCAGGUUUAUCAGUUUUCUUCACAGAGCUGAUUGAAGGAAUAAGUCGUGUUUAGGAACACGACUUGUGUUUAGGAACAUGCCUUAGGCCAACCAACCUACAGAGCAUGCUCAAUAAGAGAAGGAAGUGAUAUAGCACUUAUACUAUUUGCGGAAAGAAGAACUAUACUGCCUGUGUAAAGUGGAAGUAAAAAAUAACCUAUUAGGACGAUAUGGUUUUGAGCUGAGUCUGACAGAAUAUUAUUGAAAGGCUGUUAGUCAAGACGAAGGAAGUCAAAGUGAGUUUAGGGAGAACUUCAAUAAUCACGUGUUGAUGGAGAUGUGUGGAUUACAGCAUCAUACCACCGGCAACAUACCCAUAUCUCUUCUGUUGCCACCUAGAACGUUCUCUGGGUUGUAAAUGACAUUUGACUGAACUGUAAGGUUUAAACGUAAUCAGAGUUGUAAUUUUACCCAUAUCGGUGUAUGGCCCACUGCUCAACGACACACAUUAUGCUACGUGUGUAUUCUGAAACCAUUAUCCUCCCGUAUAGCAUCAGUGGAAAACUGUCAAUGUAAUACAACUAUGACCAUUGAUCAAACACAUCUGGCUGAGGUGACUACUCAUGGUCUUUCAUGUGUCCUGUACUCCAGGUAUUAUCCCGCGCCCAGACGAUUGGAUGGUUACUGGCACGUUCAUGUUGAGGAACGGGAUUCUGGCUUUGUUGUGUCGUUAAGAGGCUAUAUAAUUCUCUGUGUUAAUGUGUCCUACACUAACUGUGUCUGUUUGAGUUCCUUAACAUUUGUCUAGAUCGACUAAAUCGUAGAAACCAAAUAGACUUGGAUGACGACGGUGCAUCAAAUCGUACACAGGCCUUCAGAAUGUACAUUGUGAUUAUUAUUAAUAUAUCAGACUUUAAAUACAUUUGAUUGCAGUGUGUGAUGGCCGUAUUUUGCGCUGGUCUAAGUUGCAUCUCUCAGUUAACAAUAUUGGGACACUGAAGUUACACAGGAUAGUACAUAAUAAAUAGACUCUUAAUAGCGAUUCCAGAAGAAAUUAAUAUAUUUGGCUUAACAAAAUAAUCCUGUUCUCGAGGGGUGGGCCCUAUCUACCAUAGUGCACUACUUUCCACAACAGCUCUUGAUCAAAACUAGUGCACUACAGGGAAAAGGGUCCAUUUGUGACAUACCCUACAAACCUUUUUGCUGUCUGGACACGAUCAUCAACAUCCACCUAAUUAUCAAUUUCACCUUCACAAAGCAGCUUUUUUUCUGUUUACCUAUUAUCUUCAUCGUAAUUAUUUUUGAUUUUGUUUGCUUCCAUAUUUAAUCAGAACUGAUGGAUGUUUUAGCUCUGACAAACUGCACCCAUACAUUUUUAUUUUUAAUUUUUUUUCUUUCAUGUUAUUUUGCAUUGUAAAUAAAUAAACAUGAUUGCUGUGAACAGUGUAUCAUAAAAAGUAGUUAAAAUCAAUGUCUCUAUUUGAGUGUUGGAGUAAGCAUCAAAAGUGUGUGUACACGGAACACAUUGUCUGAUAUUAAAUAAACGUGGAACUUAUGCAACACUAAA